CCUCUCGGCCGGCAGGCAAUAUGGCGCUGUGCGAGGCGGCGAGCGGCGGUUGCGCUCUGCUCUGGCCGCGGGUGUUGCUAUUCGGAGACUCCAUCACCCAGUUUUCUUUCCAGCAGGGUGGAUGGGGAGCAUCACUGGCUGACAGGCUGGUCAGAAAAUGUGAUGUUCUGAAUCGUGGAUUUUCAGGUUACAAUACCAGAUGGGCCAAAAUCAUCCUUCCAAGAUUAAUCAGGAAAGGGAACAGUCUGGACAGCCCAGUAGCAGUUACAAUUUUCUUUGGUGCCAAUGACAGUGCGCUGAAAGUCCCUCGUAACAAGGUGCAUUUGGAGUAUCCGUGUUCCUCCCGAACAGACGAGAACCCCAAGCAACACAUCCCGCUGGCCGAGUACGUGGCCAACUUAGAGAGCAUGGUGGGGUACCUGCAGGAGGCCGGCGUCCCCCGCAGCCGCGUCGUCCUCAUCACGCCGCCCCCGCUCUGUGAGGCCGCCUGGGAGCAGGAGUGCCUCCUGCAAGGCUGCAAAUUAAAUCGUCUGAACUCGGUUGUUGGCGAAUACGCGGGCGCCUGCUUACAGGUAGCCCAAGACUGUGGGAUCGAUGUGCUUGACCUGUGGACCCUGAUGCAGAAGGACUCUCAGGACUUCUCAUCCUAUCUGUCGGAUGGACUACACUUGUCACCGAAGGGAAAUGAGUUUUUGUUCUCCCACCUUUGGCCCCUGAUAGAGAAGAAAGUCUCGUCCUUGCCGUUGCUGCUCCCGUACUGGCGAGACGUAGCAGAAGCCAAACCGGAACUGAGCCUUCUGGGAGAUGGGGACCGCUAGCCGCCGAAAACCAUGCGGCAGAGAUCCCGAGAUAAGUGAUCAGACCUUUGCUCAGGACCUUGGAAUAAAAACCACUGAACCUCUGCCACCGAGAUUAAUAAAAACGUUAGAAUUUUCAGGGGAGCUUUGUACCUCGGUACGUUGUGUGGUAAUACCUGACCGAGGCAGGUGUCCUCAGUGCCCCAGCUACGGAACCAGCCCUGGGCGGCUUGUUUAUACGUGGAAAAAAGGUAAAGACAAAUUUGUUUAAAAAGUCACAAUUUUAUAAAAAAGUUUUCUUACAUUGAGCUGGGAACUGUUCACUCUCACAUACACCCACUCACCUUCUAUCAGAUUCCGAAAGUGUAACUAAACUGUAUCAGGACUAGUUAAGACAGCAAACACCACAAGGUAUAAGUUCAAGUAUUAGUGUAACAGGCAUCUGCAUAAGAAACGUCCUUAGAAGGAAAGAUUCGAUUUAUCACAGGUUCAGUUAAUUGCCCUCAAAAUUUACAAAUUAUCUCUGUUAGAAUGUGUUGGCUAUGAGCACAUUUCAGUACUUGGGGGGGAAAAGCUUUUAACUAUAAUUUUAAGGAAAUCAGAGUUCAAUUUGAUGAUUUUUAUCCUUCACAAAGUAAACGCACACAGUCCCGAAGCACUAAAGCAAGAAGGGAUGCAGGGUCCACCCCCAGGUCACCACCAGGGGUUUUCAGGAACCGGGGGGGGGGGGGGGGAGCCGCAGGCCCGAGACAGGCAGCGUGCCGCUCCCCGCUCAGCACAACGCCUCAGCCUUUCAAGACCACCGUUCUUUGGGGAGAACUAGCUCACGUACUUCUUGGCCACUAGGAAACCAUGCUCUCAUUUUGAAGUUGUUUCGGUUUUGUGAAUGGCGAGCCCUUUACGAACACGGCAACAGUACUAGAUAAACUUAGAAAACAAAAACUGCCCGGCACAUUGGGGCCCUGAGCAGUUGGCAGGAUUCUGUAAAUUCAAUUUGGCUACCUGUAAGCUAGACUGUGUUUUAAUUCUUAGAAUCCGAAAAACCGUAUUAACACAUCUAUUUUUGGGAAUAAGCUGGGUGAUUCUCCCUGCUGCUAAAAGCUCUGGGUAAUGCCUAAAAACAGAACCCACACUUUGGAAAGAAUGUGUAACUCAGUUUUCUCUCCUUUGUCUUUACCUGAAAGCAAAAAAUAAAAUCUGUGUUCCAGUUAUCCUCACAAGUAACUGCUAAAUGCCUCCUGAUAGUCAGCAGAUCAUUACAGUGUAUAUAAAAUAAAAAACAAAAAAUUGAUCAUCUCCUUAA